AUGGAAAAGGUGGAACGACAACUUCUUAUUCGCCGUCGCUACCGUGCCAGACAGUCAGAUCGAGUAGCCAUAGACCGUCGUCUGCGACGACUCGAGCAUCGUCUGUCGGCCAGAUCCCGCCGUUGCCGAGCCUUUCCUAUAGCUUUUUCCGCAGCCGUUUCGCCUUUCCCUCAAAUUGGUGCUUCCAUCAUUGGCUCUCCUCCAGCUCCACCUAUCUCAAAUCCAGAAUCUCCAGUCUCGCCUGACUCUCGCCUAUUGGGCCGGCUUCCUGCUACGCCUUGUGAUUCCGGCGACAGGCUCUCUGCUCGCGAGCGAGCUCUGCAAGAGUUGCGUCGUUUGGCCGAAGACGAGAUGGCCCUUGGGGCCGAUUUAGAAGAGGGGGACGAGGAAGAUGAGGUCGGAGGAGUAGAGGAAAGCGAGGACGAUACAGAUGAUUUCUGGGGCUCCAGCUAUCCAAAGGCAAAUACCAUGUCUAUUUUUGGUUGGGGGCCACGUCGGAAUUAUAAUUCUUCUGCGCAUGGUAUGUUUCCAUCUCUACCAUCUCCUCAUGGCGUUCAAUCCGAUCCCGAGGCCCCUGGUAUUUGGAGCCGAUGCUUCUCCCCUGGUUCGCGUAGCCCUGGUGCGUGGUCGAGUCCGGGCAUAUACGGCUCAACUGACAGUCCUCGUCUUCAGGACUCGGCUAACGAUGCGGCAACGGUGGCUGCUGCGGUGGCGGAGGAUGAGACGAAAGAGUGGAAUAUCUUUCCUGAGGGUUAUGAUUACGAGGACGCAGAGCAGACUCGACGUCUUUUGCGCGGAAUAGGGUCCCAUGCCGACAAUGAUGAGGAUGAUGAUGAAAGAGAAGAUGAUGCCGAAAAUCGCUUACAUCUCGGUGGAUUAAUUGGUUCCAGCGCCAGAAAACGUCAUCACUGUCGACAUAGAAAAUCGAGUCCCGGCUCUCCUGUAAACCGAGAGAUUUCAUCCCCCCAAAAUAGGCUUUCUGGUACCCCUAAAAAUAAUGCUUUACGCUCCCGACGUUUUGUCACUUUAGCUAGUGUGUUAGGAAGUGAUAUAUCAAGUUCCUCCUCUUCCUCCUCUUCAUCUGAUGGUAGUUCAGAUGAUGCUGACUACAUCGAUGAGGCAGUUGACGAUGAUGACGAUGAUGGAGAGGACGACGAAGAAGACGAAGAUGAAGCUAGCGUCAUCGCAUCCCUUCGGGAGUUUAUUUGA